AUGUUACGCCGUUGCACCACCCGAUGCGUGCCCAAGACCAUGAAGGCUGCGGUAUUCAAGGGAAAAAAUCGCAUUGUCCUGGACGAAAAACCCGUCCCUGUUCCCAAGCAUUCCGAGGCCCUGAUCAAAAUCACCACCACCACCAUCUGUGGCACGGACAUUCACAUCCUGAAGGGGGAGUAUCCCGUAGCGGAGGGGCUGACCAUCGGUCAUGAGCCGAUUGGCGUGAUCGAGAGCUUCGGUGAGGGCGUGACGGGCUUCAAGAAGGGUCAGCGCAUUGUGGUCGGGGCCAUCACACCCUGCUCCAGCUGCUUCAGUUGCCUGCAGGGCAUUCGCUCUCAGUGUGGGUCGAAACUGAUGGGUGGGUGGAGGUUCGGCAACACGAUUGACGGCUCACAGGCGGAGUAUCUUAUUAUUCCGGAUGCCAUGGCUAAUAUGUAUCCCGUUCCAGAUGGCAUCACCGACGAACAGAUUCUGAUGUGCCCUGACAUUAUGUCCACCGGGUUUUCAGGCCCAGAGUCAGCUAAUGUAAAGGUUGGUGACUGUGUGGUCAUUUACGCGCAGGGACCUAUUGGCCUGGGGGCGACCGCAGGUGCCAAGAUGAUGGGGGCCACAAAAAUCAUCGUUGUUGAUCGCUUUCCUGAACGCCUUGCGCUCGCAAAGAAACUCGGUGCCGACCACGCAUUGGAUUUCACGAAGUGCAAUCCGGUUGAGGAGGUGAUGCGAUUGACUGAAGGUCGUGGCGUUGAUGUGGCUAUCGAGGCACUGGGUCUCCAAAGUACAUUUGAGGGAUGCCUACGCUGUCUAAAGCCAGGCGGUGUGCUGAGUUCCCUCGGCGUGUAUAGCGAGGAUUUGAAGCUACCACUGGAUGCGUUUGCGGCAGGACUCGGUGACUUCAAAAUCGUCACGACGCUGUGCCCUGGGGGAAAAGAACGCAUGCGUCGUUUACUCAGUGUGAUUGAAUCCGGACGCGUCGACAUGAGGCCUAUGGUAACACACACCUUCAAGUUGGAUGAUAUCGAAAAGGCUUAUGACAUUUUUGGAGGCCAACGCGAUGGUGUUCUCAAAGUAGCUAUCAAACCAUAA